AGUUAUAUACUAGUUCAUGAGGUCAUUAUACUGUUACAUCAUACAGCAAUAUCAACACUAUUAUUAAUAUCAUUGGACGAUAACUAUGAUCAGAUGAUAGUCUAGCUACAGCAUCAUGUAAAUUGAUUUAGAAUUCUAAAAACUUGCAAUAAAAUGACAACUACAUAUUGUGUUCUUCAACACUGGUGAAGUGCAAAAGUACCUUUGAGCAAUUUCCAAUUUGAGGAUAUAUCACCCUAAGUACAAACAGAAAUGACUGCAACAUUCACUUGUCGUACAAAUUCUCAUCCAUUCCAAGAGAGGAGAGUUUCGUUGACGGAGCCAGCUAAAAUUGGCCGUUCAGUCGCCAGAGCGAGACCAGCAGCAAACAAUGCAAUAUUUGACUGUAAAGUUCUGUCAAGAAAUCAUGCCUUGUUAUGGUAUGAAGAUGGCAAGUUUUAUUUGAAAGAUACUAAAAGCAGUAAUGGGACUUUUGUAAAUAACCAAAGAUUAAGUAAAGGUGCUGAAGAAAGUAUGCCAUUCGAAGUAAAUUCUGGUGACAUUGUGCAGUUCGGCGUUGAUGUGGUGGAGAACUCAAGAAGAGUAACUCAUGGCUGUAUUGUUUCACAAGUACGUUUAUAUCUUCCAAAUGGUGAUGAAGCCAAACAAAGUGACGUAUCUCUGACAUCACAUCUAUUGGAUAAAGUUCCACAUAACCUUGUAUAUCCAACAAUACAAUCACAAGAUUUAUAUCAACUUCAUCAAUAUUUACAAGAAGCGUUGCACAGGGAACAAAUGCUUGAACAGAAACUAGCACUGUUACAAAGACUUGUAUCAGAUUCACAUGAAACAUCUGAGAAAGGAUGGCAAGCACUUAUAGAUGAAGAUAAAUUAUUAUCAAGACUUGAAUUUCUUGAAAAUCAACUGCAAACUUACGCAAAAACACUGUCAGAAGAGAGCACACAGAAAGAAUUACUUCAAUUACAAGAAGAAAAACACAAUUAUGAAACUACCUCAAAGGAAACAUUACGCCAAGUUCUUGGUGAAAAAUUGGAGGCCCAACAAAAACUAGGAAACCUGGAGCGUUCGUACAGUAACACAGAAGAUGAAUGCACUCACCUGAGAGAUGUUUGUGCAAAAACAGAGAAAGCGUUGAAAGAACUUUCUGAAAAGCAUCAAAUUCAUGUCAGGGAAUCACAAAAAAUAUCAGAAAAAGCCCAAGAUGCAGAAAGAACGCAUAAAGAAGUUCAGAAAAGUUUGGAAGAUGAAAACGAGGAUCAUUUGAAAAAUAUUCAGAGGUUAGAAGAAAGCGCGAAUGAUUUGAAACAACGACUCGAGGAUUCACUCGAAGAAAUCGAAAAAUAUCAAACGGAGAUGAAUGAUAUGAGAGACCAACUAAACAAAUUAAAAAGCAUAUCCAAAUCUCAAGAGAUAAAUGAAGAUACACCAAAAGAAAAUAUUGAUAAUAUUAAAGACAAGUUGAAUGACCUUCUAUCAAAUCAAGGUGAUAUCGACUUGACAGACAUCAAAGUUUCAUUAAAAGAAGAUGAAAUUGAAGUUGUUAAAACAAUAGAACUUUGUGAGAAACCAGUUGAAGAAAAAAUGAAUAUUGUUAAUGUACCUCUUGCUGAAUAUAAUAAUAAUUUACAAUCGUCAACAAAUCAAAACCAAAAUGAAGAAAACUCAGACCAAAUAAUGGAAAUCACAAAGCUAGAAGCUCGGAUAUCUCAGCUUGAAGAUCUCGUCAAAACGUCACAAACUUUACAUAAAGAAGAAGAAUCGAAACGAAAAGAGGUCGAAGUUCGAUUAAGUCAGUUACAAGAGGAGAGAGAAAAUGAGAAAGAAAUGUUGACGGAGACAACAAGGGAACUUCAAGCUGCUCUCAGUGAAAGAGAAUCUUUAUUAGAAAAAGAAGAAAAACUUCGAUCAAGGAUUGAAGAAUCUGAAAAUUUAUUACGAACCUGUGAUACAGACAGCAUAAGCAGUAGUAGUGAAACAGAGGAAAUCAAUCAAGGUGAUGCUGAUGAUGACAUUUCCUGUGGAUCUCUUGUUAUUGCUCGAGCUAAAUUAAAAGAAUUGAAAAAAAAAUUGAAAGAAAAAGACGCUCUUUUAGCAGCUGCGCAGUCGAAUCUUGAGAUGUCAGAUGAGACGGAGUCUAAAAACCAACAAAAGUCUAAAGAAAUUGAAGAACUAAAAUCAUUGUUACACGAAAGCCAAGAGAGUGUGAAAAAGAUGGAAGCUGAAUUGAAUUCAUUGCGAAAUUCAUCAAAAGAAAGCGCAGAACUUCGCAACAAACUCGAAGAAGCGAGACAGUUAGCAAGAGAACAGUGUAGAUUGUAUGAGGAAGCUCAACAACAAAUACAACUUGCUUCAGAAAGUGAUUCAUCUGAUAUGAAAGAAUUGGAAGAGCAACUCCAAUUAGAGAAACAAGAGAAAGACAAAAGAAUCAAAGAAGUAGAAGCACUGUUGUCAUCUGCUAAUAAACAUCAGGAGAAUUAUGAAGCACUGACAAAAGAAAAAUCUGAUUUAGAAGCUACACUGAAAGAAUGUAAGAAUCAGAUCAACACUUUGCAGCAGAUACAACUUGACUCUGCUGAUCUUGCCAAGGAAAAUAAAAAACUUUCUGAAGACAAACAAAAUCUUCUUGACGACAUGAAAUUAUUGAACGAUAAAUUAGAGAAACAAGUAUCUGACUCACAAGAGAGUGAUGCAAAAAGAGAGCAGGAAAUGGAAACAAAACUUAUGGCAAAGCAAGAGGAAGUUGAUAAUUUAUUGGGUCAACAACAAGAACUUUUGCAAAAGAAACAGGGUGAUAGCGACAGUGGAUUUAGUAAACCACUUCUUGUUGCAUUAUUCGCAAUUCUGAUCGGAAUCUUCUAUAUUUUUUGGCCAACUGUUGGAAUGAUCUUCGCUGACUGAGACACCAAUGAUUAACAAUAUUUUAAUAAUUUUCUGAAAAUUUCCUGUAAAUUUUUGAAGAUUAAUAAAUAAUAUAAUACUUCAGAAUCAGUCGUUUUUAUUUUAAUUGUCAAUCUCCCCUGCUGCUGUAUUGACCUUUUCAACCCUUUUUUCAAUGUUUAAUCAAAAAUCGUACCAGUACUCAAAUAUCAUGCGCCUCUCCACUCAAGUGCAAAGAACCAUAUACAACCAAAAUAUCACCCAAAGAUAGUAAAGAACGUUUCAAGGGCAAUCUCCCAAGGAAGUCCAUUUAUUGCCCUGGUUAUUGCAGUUUGGUUAUAAUCACUGACUAGGCAAGCUGUUACACUUCAGCCUAAUUCAGUGAUUUGAAAACAGCCUGGCACUUUUGAAUAAAUCCAAGGGAUUUACGUGAUUUAUGCUAUUACCCUUCAUUAGUUUGGCUUUCCAUUUAAUACAGCAUGCACUAAAAGUAAUAUUUUUGCUUCUGUGCACCACAAUCAGUCCAAACUGUUAGUGGAUGCAGAGGAAGACCUGAUUUUUCAUGUUAAAUACAUAUUACGCAUAUAUAAAUGCAAAAACCGAAUAGGGAAAAUUGUCCAAUUUAGAUUUGCAUCUCGUUCACAGGAAAAUGUUUUAUUUUUGAUUGUGUUCCAUUGUGGAAAAUUUUUUAUCAUACCAAGUUCUUAUUUGUUGGGUUUAAAUAUUGUCAAUUUUGAACGUAUUUAUACAAAGAAAAACGUAUUUUCAGCAGGAUGUCACCUCUAUCUAAAUUCUUAAUGAUGGAAGCAUAUUAUAUACAUAUUUUUUAAUAAUUUCUCUAAUUUGUGUGGCCAAAAGUUUCUUUUGAUUUAAUUCCUUUAUUUUUGAUUUUGUCUCCCCAACUAUAAACGGUUUAAUUUUUUUUCAGGUACUCUUCAUUAUUCUUGUAAUGUAAUCAUAUUUUCAUUGUUUUGAUCAGCCUGUCUAGUGCUGUUUAUAAUAUUUGGUCUAGAAUUUGUGUAUUCGUUUUUUCUCCAUGGUGAAAUUUUUCAAAGAUUAGAAAUUGUUCUUGAUAGUGAUCGUCUUACAUUCAUUACUACUUCUCUUCUCUUUUCGUUAUUAUUUUUGUUAUUUGAAACGAAAUACAUCCGGGUAAAUUUUU